AAAUUUGUCUAUGCUUCAUCAUGAAUGAUUCAAAUGAAUCAACACACUUAAUGAAGUCUCCCAAGUUGGGCACUUUUCUGGGGGUUUUCAUUCCCACAUCGCUUAACGUCUUAUCGAUCUUGAUGUUCUUAAGAUUCGGGUUUAUUGUGGGACAAAUGGGGAUUUUAGGGGCGUUGGGAUUGCUUAUAUUAUCUUACUUGAUCGACAUGUUGACGGUGAUGUCGGUGAGUGCUAUUGCCACCAAUGGGACUGUUAAAGGUGGAGGUGCUUAUUAUAUGAUUUCUAGAUCAUUAGGACCUGAGUUUGGGGGAGCCAUUGGAAUCAUUUUCUUCAUCGGCCAGAUCUUGAAUAGUUCUUUGAAUGUGGUAGGUUUCAUCGAGUCACUCUUGGUAAAUUUUGGCCAAAUUGAUGGGGACUUGUACCAACUUUUACCAGUGGGCUACUUCUGGACAUUACUUUAUUCAACCAUUCUAUUGGCCUUAUGUACGGGAGUAGCGUUGGUGGGAGCAAAUGUGGUAUCUAAAGCAGCCCUUUGGCUCUUUGUGUUGUUGGUGCUUUCAACGCUUUCUAUCCCUUUAUCUACCUUGCACACCAAAACCAUUUUUAUGGGUGAAGCUUAUCAGGUGGGAUUAAGCUGGAGGAUCUUCAAGGAAAACUUAUUUCCUCAUUUCACAAAGGGAGCUGCCGGCUCAGUUCUAGAUACUCCCGAAACCUUUAGGGACUUAUUUGGUAUUUUCUUCCCAGCUACUUCAGGGAUUUAUGCUGGGGCUUCUAUGUCGGGAGCCUUAAAGGAUCCAUCCAAAUCUAUACCGCAAGGAACUAUACGGGGUUUAGUUUUGACAUUUGUAUUAUACGGUAUAGUAAUAUUGUCUAUAGGAACGGCCGUUCCUAGGCAAUUACUUUACAAAGAUAUUAAAGUGAUUCAAACGGUGAACUUGCAGGGGUAUGUGAUCAUUAUUGGUGAAUUGUCUACUUCUCUUUUCUCAGUGAUUAUGGGAGUAGUUGGUGCCGCUUCCUUGUUGAAUGCUAUUGCAAAUGAUAGAAUUAUCCCUGGUCUUUCUUGUUUCAACACCAAGAAAAAAUCCAUCAAUGAACAGGAAAAGGCUUCAUACUGGGCUAUAUUGGCUACUUGGGUAUUAGCACAACUUUUUCUAUUCGCUGAUAUUAAUCAAAUUGCUGUUUUUGUUACAAUGGCUUUCUUAAUGACAUUCAUCGUUACAAACUUGGCAUGUUUCUUAUUGAAGAUCGGGUCAGCUCCAAAUUUUAGGCCUUCUUUUAAAUACUUCAACGUCCAAACUGCUUUUAGUGGAUCUGUGUUGUCGGUGAUUGCAAUGUUCAUCGUAGAUGGUAUGUCUGCUAGUCUUGUGAUCAUCCUGUUACUAGUAUUGAUUCUUUUAAUCCACUAUUCCACCCCUCCUUCCAAGUUUGGUGACAUAUCCCAGUUAUUAAUUUAUCACCAAGUCAGAAAGUACUUAUUGAGAUUGAAGGUAGAUAUGAACGUUAAGUACUGGAGACCUCAAAUCCUAUUAUUAUGCGAUAAUCCAAGGUCAAGUUGGAAUCUAAUAGGCUUUUGCAACCAUUUGAAGAAAGGUGGGUUGUAUGUUUUGGGUCAUGUGGUGAUUUUAAAUGAUGAUACCAUCACCAAAAGUGCUAGCGAAAGUGAUUCUGAGUUCAGCAUAACUGCCUACAAGGAAGUCCAAAAGCAAAAGUCAGCUUGGAUUAAGCUAAGAGAUAUGGCCAAUAUCAAAGCUUUUGUCCAAAUCGCUUUAGGUCCCACAUUGCCCUGGGGUGUUCGAAAUGUAUACUUGGGAUCUGGUUUGGGUGGUAUGAAACCCAAUAUUACAGUGUUAGGUUUUUUUGAUUUUGCCAAACAUGGUUUGCAAUUGCCAUUGACAUCGUUCAAAAAUAAAUCCCAAUUCCGCCAAUUGCCUACUGAUGACUGUAGAGAAGAACAACAGGUAUCAAUUAAUCAGUGGGUUCAAGUGGUUGAAGACUUGGUGAUAAUGCAAAGUUCAGUUGCGGUGGCUGCAAAUUUCACUUCUUUGGAAGUCCCCAGUAUAGCUCAUUAUAGUGUGUGGUCUAAAAUAUGGAGAACUUCUAGGGAUACACCAAAAGCUGAUAAAAAGUUCAUUGAUUUAUACCCCAUUCAGAUGUCUUCUAUUAAUGAAGUUGAUGGCAUGUCUGUGCUUUCUACCAACUUUGACACAUACACGUUGAUUCUACAAUUGGGCUCGAUUCUUUCAUCGGUUCCCGAGUGGAAAUAUAAUAAUCAUCAAUUGCGAGUCAUAGUAUUCGUGGAAGACAAGUCCGAAGUUCCUGAAGAGAAGAAAAGAUUGACUAAUUUGCUACAGAACUUAAGAAUAGAAGCCAAGAUCAAGGUAAUCUGUUUGAAUGAUGGUUCUUUGAGUUCCUAUAACUAUAUUGUUAAAGGUUAUACUAAGAAUGCAAGCAACAAGUUUAUGUACGACAAGAUAGAUAAGAUUUUGAAAUACGAUCAGUGGUGGAAGAACUUGACUAACGCCAGAGAAACAUUGGCUCAAAUCGAGAAGCAAAAAUUGAAGAAGAAAACAGAUCAAGCUUCAUGGUAUGGAACCAACGAAUACAGGGGUCUUGGAUUGAACAGAAGCAACACGACAACAAACAAAAAUGGAAGACAGAGAAGGGACACUAUCUCCAACUUGCAUGAUAAAGGAUUGUCUUUAAGCUUCAACAUGCACGGAGGAAUUUUGAACUAUGACGGAGUUGAAAAUGCCUACAGCUCUGACGAUGAUGAUGAGUUUGAUGAAGAUACAAUUAACUCCUCGAAGUACUUCCAAAUUGAUCCUCCCGUGGAAUCUCAGGCUCCAGACAAAUUAGCCAAAAAUUUGAAUUACAAAUUGAGUUUGAAGUUUUCUAAUCACCUUGCCUCAGACCAGGUGUCUGUGAAGUCGUCCAGGUCGAAUUUAAAGCCUAACUUUGUUUCGCUCAAAACUCCUAAUGCUCAAUUGCAAGACAAUGAAGAUGACGAAAAUGAGAAUGAAGACACGAACAAUGUAGAAAAUGAUACCAAGCAAUCAAUUGGAUUCAUCGAUGAUGGAACCAACUGCUCUAAGUCAGAAGAGAACAGUAAAAAGAAGUCUCAUGGCAAAUCAAGUAAUGACAGAAGUGGAAUGAUGUCUCCUUCAAUCAUUUCUAACGAUGAUGGCAUUAUCCAACAAUUGAAGACGCCUCAAUUUCUUGCUGUUGAUGAUGACGAAGAUAUUCCUUCUUUGAACUCCAGCACCACUAAUUUACCAGCGUUGACUCAGCGUCAGUCAAGUAAAGGAUUUUCAAGAACUGUACCCAGGAAUUUUUCUACUUUAGGUAGUGUUCCACAACAACAACCCCUAUCUCAUAUAGGAGUUCAACCAGAUGCUUCGGAAUUGGCAUCCUCAGAAGGUGUUAUAACUCAGAAACAAUUACAACAGGAACUCAAAGAGCUCUCUUUUGAUGAUAUACCAGCUAAAGGUCAACAUAUCAUUUUGAACGACUUGAUGAAGUUGCACUCUGCUAAAGUCCAAACGGGAGUUAUCUUUUCGACCUUACCUGCUCCAUCUUUGAAUACUCACUUGGAUGAUAAUGAUUCAUUUGAGUAUGUAAACAACUUAUCUAUUUGGCUUCAUGACCUUCCACCCGUGGUCUUGCUCAACUCUCAAACAGUUACAGUUACCACUGCAUUAUAGUUUUUUAGUUUCCAUAUAGACAUUUGCAUUAUGUUUUUGCAGUAA